AUGGAUUCCAAUGGAGGAGCAGUCUACUGCACGCUUCUGUUGAGUGACAGUUAUCUUCCCGGUGCUAUGAUCCUUGCCCAUUCCCUACGUGACAAUGGUACAAAAGCAAAGUUGGUGGCGCUCUUUACGCCGGACAGAGUACAAUCGAGCACCAUCGACGAACUCAGGACCGUCUACAACGAGUUGAUCCCAGUGAGCUCAAUGGUAAACGACACGCCUGCGAAUCUCUGGCUCAUGGACCGUCCAGACCUGAUUGCUACAUUCACCAAGAUCGAGCUCUGGCGCUUGACGCAAUACCGGCGGGUUGUAUACAUUGAUUGUGAUGUUGUAGCUCUCCGAGCCCCCGACGAGCUGUUAUCACUGGAAGCAGACUUUGCUGCCGCGCCCGACGACUACUAUGCGCUAAGAGCACUCGCCCAACGUGGUAUCAGCUUUGAUGGCGCCGACCAGGGCCUGCUGAAUAUGCAUUUCCGGAAUUGGCAUAGGCUAAGCUUCACGUAUAAUUGCACACCAAGUGCCAAUUACCAGUACAUUCCUGCGUACAAGCAUUUUCAGAGUACCAUCAGUCUUAUUCAUUUCAUCGGUGCUCAGAAGCCUUGGAAUAUGCCGAGGCAGAUUGUCCCGCUGGAGUCCCCGUACAAUCAGCUCUUAGGCCGGUGGUGGGCUGUCUAUGACAGACACUAUCGUCUGCCGUUUGUGCCGAUCGCGCCAUUUGGGAUUGAAAAGACGGUGUUGGCUCAAAAUUUUCUAGUCCACGCCCCUCGUUGUGAAAUAAAACCAACGUCUGAACGGCAGCCCGGCCAUGUUGAAACCCCCAUAAGCAUCCACGAGGAGUCACACCAAGCACCGCCAGUCGAGCAUGGCCAUUUAGAACCGCGCCAUGAACACUCUGCUUCCUCUAAUGUACAGCGUGCUGCCGUGUCUGUAUUGAGUAUGGUACCGCAGUAUGUUCGUGGAGAGGAGCAUAUCUCAACUUUAAUCUCAACUUUGCCUCCUGCGCCAAUCACUCUUGCGCCUCAACUGAGCCAUGAAACAUAUGAGACACAGACCCAGGCACCAGUACACUACCCCGACGGCCAUAUUCACCAACCCCAGCCGCUGGCGCCGAUCCCUCCUCCUUUCAAAGAGUAUCAAUCACCCGCAUCUCCGGUCGAAGAGGUUUCGACCUUUGAGGCGCCAAGAUCCGAAUGGGAUCCCUCACGUGAGCCACCGCCUGUCAACACGAAACCGGAAGGUAUCAGUUUACAACAGAAAACCUACAAUAUGUCUGAAGACACGCAUCUCUUCCAACCCCCAUCGUCCUACCCCGAGGCACCGAAAAACAUGUGGUAUGAGGUUCCCGCCAAACCGGAGCCCAAACCUACCACGAUCUUCCCCUGGGAGGGCCAUGCUCCGAAACCCACCCGUGUCUUCGCCAAGGAGGCACCAAGGAAAUUUGUGAAACCUCCCGUAAUAUCCGAAAAACCAGAGCACCGUUCACUUCCAAGCGAGCCAGCCCUUCCCGGACCCUCCCCUUCCUACACUCGGAUACCGUUCGAACCCAGUGCCGAAUCAUGGCAAACAUACACCCGCUCAAAUGCCUGGGAUGAGGACCCAGAGAUUCAGCGCUACAUUGAGACGAUCCAAGCACGGCGCACAAAAUCACAAGUGACCCUUCUGAGAGCCCACUCCAACAGCCCCGGGAGAUCACCCCCAAGCCCAGGCUUCCGCCCCAGCACCAAGAUCACCGACUUCCCGACGGAAGUUGAGCGCCCCAGUCUGCCCGUAACGCCGGCCCCAAUCCGCCGCACCAGCUACGGAGAUGAGGCCUCCGGUACAGCCGCCCUCCCGGCUGCCGAGGGUGUGCCUAGCCAGGAGGAAUGGGUGGGUAUCACGGCCGAUGUGUUCUCUUCUCUCCUCGGCGCAACAUACUUAUUGUGGCGGUCUACAGAAUCCCCUAGCUCAGCUCGAGGAGCUGCAUCGUCGGCACUCGGAGGUCUUGGAACAUCCCGAGCUGCUGUUUAA